UGGGGUUAGGGUUCGGGCAAUUAAUCAAUGUCCCGCGCGAAUGCCAGUCAGCAGUCAACCUGCCAAUAUAUUGUGGAAGCAGCGGAGGCAAUGCGCUCAAGAUGUGACUUCGCUGACGACGCUUCUGACGGCUCCUCCACCAGUCAUCGCCUCUCAUUGCGACUGUCAAGGUGUUCUUCCUCACCAGCUCCCCAAUAUGGCGUCUCCGACGUCCAACGGGGUGAAUGGCAUCCUCAAGAAGAAGAAAAAGCAGAUUCUCCUCAAUGCGUUCGACAUGUCAACCAUCGGCCACAUGUGCCCAGGACAAUGGAAAGACCCUUCAGACCGAAGCACAACGAAGCUCAGCCUGGAAUACUGGAUUCAUCUUGCAAAAGUGCUCGAGGCCGGCGACAUCAACGCACUGUUCUUGGCCGAUAGUUUCGGCGGAUAUGACACCUACGAGGGCAAACUGGACAACUGCAUCCGGCGCGCCGCCCAAUGGCCAUUGACAGACCCCACGACCCCGAUAUCUGCCAUGGCUGCCGUGACGAAGAACCUGUCCUUCGCAGUGACGGCGACGACUUCUUUUGAACAACCAUUCGUCCUUGCAAAGCGCUUUGCGACUCUUGACCAUCUCACGAAUGGACGGUUCGGAUGGAACAUCGUGACGGGAUACAAAAAGGCGGCUUUCAAGGCUAUUGGCUUUGACACCUCGGUCGAUCACGACGAGCGCUAUGCCCAGGCCGAGGAAUACAUGCAAGUGCUGUACAAACUCUGGGAAGGCUCUUGGAGCGACAACGCUGUAAUCGCCGAUGCAAAAAGUGAUACCUACUUCGACCCCGAAGCGAUCCGGCAUGUCAGCCACAAGGGCAGGUAUUACAAUCUCGAAACCAAGUUCCUCGUGCCACCCUCCCGUCAACGAACUCCAUUCUUAUUCCAAGCGGGAGCUUCGUCCGCGGGAUCGGCUUUUGCAGCGAGGCAUGCAGAAGGCAUCUUCGUUGCUGGACACAGCCCAUCGGUGCUCGCGCCCAAGAUUGCAAAUAUCAGAAAACUAGCCGCAAAAGAAGGGAGGGAUGGAACAUCUAUCAAAGUCUUCGCGACAAUGACUCCCGUCAUUGGCAAGACAAAAGAAGAAGCGAUGGCGAAAUUCGCAAAAGCCAAGGAGUACGCGUCUGUCAUUGGAAGCCUGGUGCUUUUCUCCGGCUGGACAGGCAUUGACAUCUCCAAGAUCCCCCUUGACCAGGAGCUCAAGGAAUCAGAUUCCACAGAGGCUGGGCGGAUUGGCGCAAUGAUGUCUGCGUUCACCACGGCUAGUGAAGACAUUCCCAAAUGGACACCGCGAGUCGUGGCCGAAAGAGUCUCGCUUGGAGGCCUUGGACCCGUUUGCGUUGGUACCCCGGAUGUCGUGGCGGCAGAGAUGCAGCGAUGGGUGGAGGAAGCUGAUCUGGAUGGUUUCAACCUCGCGUACGUCACAACUCCUGGCACCUUUGAAGACGUGGUCGAGCUUCUCGUCCCCGAAUUGAGGCGCAGGGGGAUAUAUGCAGAAAAGCGGGCCGCUUCACAACCUGCUCUGACUGCUCGGGAGAAAGUGUGCGGCAAGGGCCAGGCGAGAUUGAGAGACGACCACGUGGGCAGCAGGUUCAAGUACGAGGUCGAGCGUGAUCGGAUCAAGAUGCAACUUGCUACAUCUUCCAAGUACGAUUUCGAAUGCGAUCCAGUCAAGAUGCAGCUGGGUUAGUGAUGACUAGUCGCGGAGAUAAGAGACAAGUAUAUCUUGCAGUGAGUCGAAAUAUGCCUUUUGCACGACGCAGCCUUGCUC